AUGGACAAAGACAACGCCAACCCCACUAUCCUGACCGCGGCUCAGCUGCCUACCAGGCAACGCGCAAAGAAGGCAACAGAAAUUCACUAUCCCUUUGAUUCAGAUCUGACCGCCGAAAUUACGCGCCUGCCAUCGUACCUGACGGGUCCUCUCUGCGACGUACCCUGGUCCUCCGAUGAGAGUGACGGGACCGAGGAUGACUUCACUGACGAGCCUAUCGACGAGCAAGAAAUCUACGAUUUGAUAUCCAACAUUUCCGACCCAGAGCAUCCAAUCUCCCUUGGACAACUGGCCGUCGUCAACCUACCGGACAUUGCCAUCACACCAACUCCCUCCCCAAAGGCUGACCCAAACGCUCUGACCCGAGUCCUGGUUAAAAUCACUCCCACUAUUACCCAUUGCUCGUUGGCUACCGUCAUUGGCCUGGGAGUGCGAGUCCGUUUGGAGCAGGCACUUCCGCCAAACUAUCGAGUGGACAUUAUGAUCAAGGAAGGCACCCACAGCCAGGAUGACCAAGUGAACAAGCAACUAGCCGAUAAGGAGAGAGUUGCUGCAGCCCUGGAAAAUGAUACACUCAAAGGAGUUCUUGACAAGAUGCUCGAGACAUGUUACUGA